AUGGGCUCUGUCAUCAAGUUUCUUUCACUUCUCAUGGUUGUCUUGGCGAAUGUCGUAAACACGACAGAGGUCGUCAAGGAAUACGGUAAGUUCUACAGUAAAUAAACACUCAUUGAAUGUAUAUUGAAAAAAGGUCAACAUUUCCGAAUAUAAAUAAAAAAGGUCAAUUUAAUAGUCAAUAUUCGAAUGCAGCCGAAAAUGGUGAAAUGGUAAAAAUGGACGACUUUACUUCAAAAAAGGCGCCAUUUUACAGAAAAUUGGACAACUUCAAGCAUUUAAAUGUAAUAAUCUGUGUUUCUGUUUGUGGAAACACCACGUAAGCUUUGCAGUAAUAAAUUUACGUGGUGUUUCCACAAACAAAAACAAUUAUAUUUUAUCGCCAUGCAAACAUUCAAAGAACUUAAUCUGUGUUUCAAUGAAAAAAAUGGUCAACUUUAUUAUAUAUUCUAAAAAAAAGCUCCAUGUCCUACGGAAAGUUGGAAAACCUCAAUCACUUAACUCUUUCUGCUGAUACUUUGCGCUUCAAUUGUUUUUAAUAAUGUAACUGAAUAUCUCAGCAAGCAUUUACCCCCCCAGCUUUUAGAACGACAUACACACACCGUUGAAAUCCUCAUACAUAAACCAAAAUAUAUGGAACAUUUACUCACCCUUUGCCAAUUUUCUGUUAUUUCAUUUGUAAAUGUAAUAUUGUAUGUUUCAGAUGACCCAGCAUCCACUGCAUAUGAGGAACUUAGAAAGGAUUAUAGAAAGUUUGAAUUUGCGAUCAUAAAGGCGAACUUUGGUCGUCCCUUUGGAAGUGGGAGUUAUUUUUUCUUGAAACAGAACGAAAAAUCUUGUGUGAAAAGCUGUAAUGAAACUAGAAAUGCUCCACACUUCUUCUGUCAUUGUGAUAGAUUAUGCCCACUUUAUCAAGACUGUUGUGUUGAUUACUGGCCAAGGUAAGUUUAAAGUUAUCGUGUUCGUGAUAUCAGAGAAAAUUGCUAAAAAUCACAGGAACCACUGGGUGGGGGGGGGGGGAAGCCUAGACUGGUGACAUUUACAUUUAUAUAACUGACACACAUUAGUUUGAAGUCAUACAGUGAAGCUAAACGGAACAACAUAUUAGUACAAAUUUACAAGUACAUAUUCCGAGCAGUACUACUAGAUGAAAGAAUACCACUAUGUCUAUAGUUAACAAUAUGAUUGAUUUGACUAUAAGUUAUUAAGAGCCAAAUAUCAUUGAUGCUGUAAAAUUGACGCAAUAUUUAUACAGCAAUAUAAGGAAAACUUACUGAACUUCAGACAUCAUUUUCUCUUUGGCGUACCGUCUAAAAUUUCUUCAUUUUAGCAUAAUUUUAUUGAUAAUGCACUAAUUAUAUAAAACAUACUUUUUAAAUUUGUUUGCCGCUUGAGAAACGCAUCAAAAACUAAAAACCUUGAAUAUAGUCAUAACCAAGUGGCCUAUAUAUACUUUCCCACUUCAAAUGGGAAACUAUCUCAAUUUAUUGCCGUUAACUGCUGUUAUUUUGUUCCUACAGUUGCAACGUAACUACCAAACCAUUCAAUCGGCGGGCACAAGAACUUUGGGACUGUGUGGAUGCUAAAUUCAGGCAAGCAAAAAACAACAGAAGCCUGGCACCCAUUGCAUAUAUGAUGAUAAGCCGUUGCCCGGGAACGAAGAUAACAGACAUUCAGAGUUCACGAAAUUGCAUCAGACCUGAGACCAACCGUACGGAUAUUUCCGAACGCAUUCCGGUGACUGGAGAAGAUGGAAAAACAUAUAGAAACGCAUAUUGUGCCAAGUGUCACGGGAUUACUAAUAUCACUCAUUGGGGUCUAAUGGUAGUAUGCUUUGAUCCGGUAAAGAACGGAACUAAUCUCGCAUACGGAAGUGCUUACCUGUGGGAGAAUUGUACCUGGUACGUAUCCCCGGGGAAUGAAAGUACUCUGUCAGCAAGUACUUGUAGACAGUCGACUCUGUGCGAAUCUACGGUCAACACGACAGAGUCGUUGAAAUACAAUGAUCUUGUGAACAAAUGCAAAGCUUAUUCUCAUUUGCUUGAGGUGGACGAUGCACUGUAUAAGAAUUUUCACUGUGCUUUAUGUAAUGGAAAAAGCGUCAAGAAAUUCAGGAAACCGAAUGUGAAUGUUAAAACGGCUUCACUGUCGCUAUUUUUCGAUUACAAGUCGCUUUCACGAGGGUCUGACGACGAGGACGCUGAAGUUACGAGGGUUGGGGAGAGCUCUGAUGAAGUCAUUCAGGGUUAUCUCACUAUGAUUGGUCUAUCGUUAUCAAUCACAUGCCUAUUAGCAGUCGUGAUGACGUACAUCCGGUUUACAACAUUGAGAACAGUCCCAGGCCUCGUAUUGAUCGCAUUGUCGCUAUCACUCCUGGCAUAUCAAGGCCUCCUAUUGGCUAGCCCAUAUGUGACGUCAGGAACUCCAGGAUGUAAAGCUAUGGCAGUGUCGUUACAUUUGAUGAUCCUCUCUUCUUUUGCAUGGAUGACAGUUAUGAGUUAUGAUGUGUCCAAGACAUUUUCUCGAAAAGGUGGGGUAUAUUAUUUUGCUAUCAUUAUUUACAACCUGCCACUGAUGAGUUUAAUAAUCCUGAACAAUUUUUUUAAAAAAUCCGUAUUCUUUUGCCCUAAACAACGAUAUCCCAAACUAAAAUAUUUCUAUUUAUUUUCAUUUAUAAUUAAACGGCUUCGCCUGGAGGCUAAAAAUUAACGUUGCCUAUGUACAUGUAAAUAUAAAAGACAAACAUAGGAAAAAGCAAAAGAACAGCACAGCAGUUAAUACCAAAUACUGUAGGCCCUUAAUCAAUUAAUAAAACAAGUUUACAUAAAAUAAUAAUUAAGUUUAAAUAAAUUAAGCACACACAUAUACAGUUAUAUCAACACUCGUCGAAAUUGGGAAAACUCGAAAUUGUGUGAAAACAUUCCGCCCUUCGGGCGUCGUGUUUCCACACAAUUUCUCGUUUUCCCAAUUCCCACUCAUGUUUUAUAUUUGUCAAUUAUUAGUAUUCUUUAUAUAAAGAAUACCAAUGAGGACACGACCACAAUAGAUACUGCCUUAUUAGCAUUCUUUAUAUAAAGAAUACUAAUUAGGAGUGUUUUAUCAGGUUUAAAGUCACUGCACGUUACAUAUUAUGGUUGACAUGAUUUGCCAAUAAGCUUAUGAAUUACUGAUGAGUGUUUGAAGCAUAAAUAAUCCUUAUCCCUUCUCUGAAACUCCCAAGGCCAAGUAAUCCAUAAUCCUAAAUUAAACCCUAACAGGGCCUUAAACAAUUCACCUCCACUUCGGUGAUUAAUUGUUAAAUAUCACAACUUUUGUUGUUAGUCACCCCUGCUUUCGUCAAGGUUUCGUGACUACACAUCCUAACUCUUACUUGACAGUCGCAAAGUUGAUUCAUAACUCAUUUCUGUUCUUCAUUCAGGCAAGAGUAAGUCAAACCGUUCUGCUUUCCACCGUUAUGUUAUCUUCGCCACGUCCAUCUCCGGUGGGAUUGUGGCAUUGACGUUCACACUUGGAGAAACAAACGUCGUCGACGUUGGAUAUGGUAAGUGAAAAUUAUUAUCCAAAAACGAUAAAAGAUCUCUUAUUAUGGACCUUGAGAUUAUAGAUGAUAGAAAGAUUUAUCAGAUAGAAAGUCUGUUAUUUGUGUGGAAAUGGCGCGUUACAUUACACUUUUAAAAUCCAAGAAUAGAUGAUAUAAUUAUACGAUUAUACGAAUAAAAUCAAUUGCAAGGAACGAGACAGGGAAGCAAUAAAGGAAUGAGAUAAUAUCGAAGGCGAAUGAAAAUCUUGAAAAUAAAGAAUGAACGAGAAGAAGUAUGGAGAAAAAAGGCUACUCAUGCAGUAGAAAGGUAAACGAAAGAAGGUAAAAAGUGGAAAGGUAUGUAAUGCGUACAAAAAGGGAGAAACUGCAUAAGUUUAUAGGAGGAAUUAACUGCGAGGAAAUUCCCAACGAAACUUAGAAAGUUUUUCUCAUAUUUUUCAAAGGUGAAUCAACGUCGUGUUGGAUUGGCAAGCAGCUAGCUUUGAUAUUAUUCUUCUACAUCCCAGUGGCAAUCAUGCUGCUCUUCAACGCUGUGUCCUUAAUAUGGACCAUAUUCAGUAUUCGUAAUGUCACCAAGGUAAAUUAGAAUUCUGGGUUAUUUUUUCUGCAGAUAAGCCGGCUAUGUUGGCAAUUAGCCUUUCUCACGGCCGAUUUUCCCGCCAUUUUUGGGGCAUUGCCUCUCCCACGUUUGAGAGUCUCCGCAGCACGAAAUACACCUUUUUAGUAUUCUAGUUGUUUGUAUAAUGGUAAAUUUACAGUUACAACUUUUAAGGGUCGCUUUUCACGUUGUUUGAAUUGUUUUGAAUCUUUCACGAGGGUAGACAACACCCCAAAGAUGGCGGAUUUUAGGCAGUAACUCGCCGCGAGAUAAGGCAAUUUAAGCCGAGUUUAGAUCCCAAAGUAGGCCAGCUGAUUUUGUCCUUCCUGCAAAAGGCUAAUUGUUAGAGACCGUUCAUUAUUUAUGCCUCAGGGGGGCACCGAAAAGAAAUAAAAAUUGGCUACUUUUUUUAAUUACCCAACCAUUUUCGAAGUAUAAUUUUCUUUUACCCAACCCUUAUGCAACUCAAGAUUUGUAUGUAUGGUUAUAAACAGCUUGUUUUUGAUAUAUAAACUACUUGUUUGAUACAUACACAUGAACAUUGAAUUCCAAAACUAUUUUUACUCAAGUAAAAAAAAAUUGAAAAAUUCAAAUAAAGGACACAUACCAGAGGGUUCCUAUUCAGUAAAGGCUAAUUUCCAAGACCAAGCAAUUCGACCAGAGGCAGGGCCACCGAAAGGGGGAGGGGCAGGGGGGGCAAAUUAACCCGAGCCCCGAGGGCCCCUAGAAAUUUAAUGUUAGAAAUUUAAUGGGCCACAGUCAUUUUUUCGGGCGAAAUAUUUCUGUUUUCGGGCCAAAAUAUUUCUGUUUUGUGGGCAAUGAACCGAAAUUUAGUAUGGAAAAUUGCGGAAAAGUCCAACGAAAGCAAUUAUAACGCACCUAAAAAGAAUUUAUUGUCCGAAAAAAUUUUUUCCGGAAAAUUUUUUUGCAAUAGGGGCCCCUAAAAAAUGUUUUGCCCCGGGCCCCCGCCAAGCUCUCGGCGGCCUUGACCAGAGGCUUCGGUUGUGACAAUGAGCCCGUCUGACUCUGGCAACAGUUCCUCGCCAUUUUAAAUGAUGUUACGGAGGAGAUAUACGAGUCCGCAUUCACACAUAAACAGUUCCUGACAUACCUAAAUGGGCAAAGGCAAUUUAGAUGGGAUACAAAGAAAAGAAAUGAAAAGUUACAGUAUGUGGUCAAGUCAUAUGAGGAAGGGGUUCUUCCAAAAGAGAAUAUAUCUGUUGGGAAAUACAAAACAAUACCAGAUAAUCUAUCAUUAAGGGAUGUUAGUUUUGCUAACAGGGUAGAUAGUCACAUUAAAACUUCAAGGUAAGCUGCUGAGGGGCUUCUGGAGCAACUGCAAAACAGGAAAGUCGAGCUUUUUGACAGCCACAUGGAGCUGGAGAAGUGGGCAGAAGUAUCUGAGUUAAAGUCCAAAGUAACUAUGAUUGGGGACGAUGUUGCAAAUACCGCUAAACAGCUCAACAAACGAUAUUCUAGUGCAGAUCUCUCUAAUUUUGAAUCAAAAAGGAAACGACGGCGAGUGAAAGAGCAAAAAUGUAAGAACAGGAAAAAGUCAAAGAUAAUGUCAGUUCGAAAGGCCCAGGAUUUGCUUGAAAGGAGUGGUUUCGCCAAUGAUGUCAUUGAGAACAUUUGCCCAACUCAAUAUGGAGAGAGGGGAAGAACAGUUAUUAGUUUUGAAGAACUGGUAACAGUAAUUAGUUUUGAAGAACUUGUACUUAAAAUAUAGCCUAUUGGUGCAUUACAAGACUCAGCAGAUGCUGUACUGUCAGUGCAACAGACAGUAGCAACUCUGACUCAUCGGACUCGGAUGAAAAUUAGAGAUUCAGAUACUGUACAUCAGACCUGAAGUUUAUUUCCAACUAGUGAACAAGAUAUUGUUUAAACAUAUGUUUAUAUAGUUUUAUAAAACGAUUUUUCGCUGUUGCUUUACAGUUUUACCCACCCGUUCUGAACCAGAUCAAUUUUUCCUUUACCCACCAUUUCUACAUACCAAAUUAUUGGUUACUCACCCCAUUUCUCUUCGGUGCCCCCCUGAGGCAUAAAUAAUGAAUGGUCCCUUAGUUGUUCUUGGUGGCAGAUCCAAAGCAUUGCCAAUGGAUUUUUCUUAUCUAUAAUAUAGUUUCAACACUCUGGACGUUGCUACAACACCAAAAUGGUGUAGAAUCAUCACAGCUCUGUAGAAGACACCCAUUUAAUGUAAAUGAUAACACCAUUUUUGUGUUAGUGAACACCAAAUUUACACGCGAUAAGUGUAUUGAAACACCUGCUGGGUAUACUAAUGCCACCAUUGAUGAGUAAAUAUGGUGUUAUCAUUUACACUAAAUCAUCCCCAGAGCUGCAAUUAUAAUUUCGGUGUUGUACCAACACCGAGAAAUUUAGAGUAAAUAGAAGUCCAGUAUCUGUCGGAUCUUUAUAACUAUAAAUUCCACUUCAAGGUUUGUUUAGACUCUGCAUACCUAUACAUAAUCGAUGUAUUUAUAUAUUUUAAUAGUUAUUAUAUAUAUAUAUAUAUAUAUGGCUUAAUGUUCUUUACUUUAACUUUUCAGCUAACAAAAGGUGUUCAAAAAUCAGUGAAUUCCGACAGUCGAAGCCAAAAUGCGAAAAUAUACAGUAAGCUCUCAACCGUAAUGGGCGUUACUUGGUUCCUGGGUUUUGGUGCUGCUCAUAACACCAUAGUUGCCUACCUAUAUAUCAUUGUCAACAGUCUACAAGGUACAUAAACUUGUCACAGUUGUAUUUUAUUAUGCCCAUGCAGCCAGUUCUCACAAUCUAGUCAUGUUUAUCGUAUUCAAUAAGGGGUGAACCAUCAGAUAUCCUGGGAUUUUCCGUGCAAGAUUUUUUAAGUUCGCAGCUUUGUCGAACUUUUAAUUUUACAAGCUUUGUCACAACAAGAAUACAUGACAACAACAAGAAUACAUGAUAUAUACAUAUAUAUAUAUAUAUAUAUACAUAUAUAUAUAUAUAUAUACAUAUAUAUAUAUAUAUAUAUAUAUAUACAUAUAUAUAUAUACAUAUAUAUAUACAUAUAGGCCUAUAUAUAUAUACAUAUAUAUAUACAUAUAUAUAUACAUAUAUAUAUACAUAUAUACAUAUAUAUAUAUAUAUGUUUAAAUCUUUUCUGUCAAGAACAUACGUACAGUUAUUAGAAAUAUAUAUAUAUAUAUAUAUAUAUAUAUAUAUAUAUAUAUAUAUAUAUAUAUAUAUAUAUAUAUAUAUAUAUAUAUAUAUAUAUAUAUAUAAACAACAUGCAAUAGGUUUGGUUAGGUCCCGGUUACAUUCAGGCAAAUUGUUUUCCACGACCGAGAAUCAUCCACAUUAUAAUUCUUAUCUAUAUAAUGCGGUAUAGUAAUAUUUAUAAUUAGAAGAUUUUUAAAGGUUAUUAGAGAGUUAGAUUUAUCGGUUAAUGAUCACGGUAAUAUGUUCCAUUUUCUUGUUGUUCUUAUCGUAUAAGUCUGUUGUUAGGUAGAGGUUUUACAUUUCUUAACUUGGAAGUUUGUAAUUCGCGAGUUUUCAAUAUGUUUGGGAACAACUGCAUUCGAGAGGCACAUGCAUGAUACCGCAAUUUGCCUUGUAGAAAAAUAACAUGUCUAGAUAUUCAUGCCAAUAACUUAGAGGUAGCUGCUUUCACAAAGGAAAGGUAGAUCUAAAGUGUAUUUGGAAGCACGUCUUUGAACGCGUUCUAUAUAAGUUCUUUGUAUACGCGUUCAACUUUUUGAGGUGUAGAAGCUGUGAAUAAAUAUUUUUAAUAAUUUUCUGUAUUUGUCAUGUACGUAACAACGCACAAGUUGUAACAAACCUGCAGCAGACUUGUAUAGUAAUGCUGUUCCAACAACUUGUCAACAGGAUGUGUUCGCACUGCUUGUUCCAAGCUUGUUGACAAGCUGUCAACGGCUUGUUGGCAACUUGCUACAAGGUCGUUGAGCUCAACAAACGUAUUACCAAAUGUACAUAAAUUUGUUGAUCGAGGGUCUGGACGAGGUUAACCGACUAUAAACGUUUCCCCUCUUUUGACUGAUAGCUCGUGGCAACCAUCUUAGUUAACAGCUGAUGAAUGACAGCUAAACUAUUUCUACAUUUGAAACAGGAGUUUUCAUCUUCUUCGCGUUUGUCUUAAACGAGCGAACAAUAAGCAUGUGGCGGAACACAGCAUCAACACGAAGUGGACGUAGGUCGAUCGUAGUUCAACAAACACAAGACAAACGCGAGUCUCGACGUUCAUCAAAGGCAUGCAAAGCUACAACUGGACGUUAUGCAUCAACCAUUCAACCGAAUUACAACAAGGAGGAACAAAACGAGACGGGCUUUACUAACCCCACACAAUCAACCAAUCAGUGA